ACUGGGGAAGGUGAACGCGUCUCCCUGGGCUGUGAAGAAGAUCAACAGUAAGUGUGCCACCAAGCAGCUGGCGGUCUACCAGAAGCGUCUCAACGAGGAGGCCGAGGUCCUGAAAGGAAUCAGUCAUCCAAACAUCGUUGGGUUUCGUGCCUUCGCCACGGCCAGAGAUGGAUCCAAGUGUCUGGCCAUGGAGUACGGAGGAGAGCAGUCCCUCAACGACCUGAUCGAGAAGAGGAAGGAGGACGGGCUGGACGCGUUCCCCGCCGCCGUCAUAGAGAAGGUCGCGCUGCAUGUUGCUCGAGGCCUUCAGUAUCUGCACAACGAGAAGAAGCUGCUGCACGGCGACAUGAAGUCGUGCAACGUGGUCAUCAGGGGCGACUUUGAGACCGUCAAGAUCUGCGACGUCGGCGUGUCCCUGCAGCUGGACGAGAACAUGAAAGUGUCCGACCCGGAGGCGGAGUACAUCGGCACGGAGCCGUGGAGACCCAAGGAGACCCUGGAGGAGGGGGGGCAGAUCACGGACAAGGCGGACGUCUUCGCCUACGGUCUGACUCUGUGGGAGAUGAUGACGCUCGCCAUGCCUCAUCUGGAGAUGCUCCAGGAUGACGAUGAGGAGGAGGAGGAGGAUGAAGAGGACUCGAUGGAGGAGAGUUUCGACGAGGAGGCGUACUACGAGAGGCUGGGGACCAGACCGGGUCUGGAUGCCGAGGCCCUGGGGGGCUCCUACCGGAGGAUGGUGGAGCUUUUCUAUCUCUGCACGGAGGAAGACCCCAAGAAGAGACCCUCAGCCGCCCAGAUCCUCCAGGCUUUAGAGAGCAACGCCCCGCUGGAUAAAAUGCCCAGUGAGGUGAUAGUUAUCGACUGACUGGGACCAAUACAAAUCCAGACCAUUUACCGUAAUGACUAGGAGCCAUACGAAUCCAGACUAUUUACCGUAAUGACUGGGACCAAUACGAAUCCAGACUAUUUACCGUAAUGACUGGGACCAAUACAAACCCAGAAUCCAGACUAUUUACCGUAAUGACUGGGAGCAAUACGAAUCCAGAAUUCAGACUAUUUACCGUAAUGACUGGGUAAAGUGUCUUUUGUCAGGGAUUUAAAGAGAUAGCAGACAACCUAAAUUCCAUCUGUGUCCUUUUUACUAGUUUGGGAUUUUGCUGUAAUUUAGAAGCUUCACCUUAGAUGUAGAUAACCAUCAGUCACUGUAACCUCGUUACUGUCCAGGUAUGCUGACACAAGGGCUGGGCCAUGUGCAGAAAAUCAAAUAUCACUAUAUUUUGGACCAAAUACAUCGAUACCACGACAAUAUUGUAGUGUUGACUAUUGGUGCUUUCACAAAAUAUUACACAAUGAGAUCUUUGAUGAAUACUCAUCAGU